GUGAGAGUUCGCCAACGGACGCGGCGGCGCGCGGCCCCUUGGAGCCGGCACGUGGAGCGAGCGGGACCCGAGCGGGACGGAGACGGAGAGCCCGGGAUCCGCCGGCCUCGUUGGGGAUCAUGGCUGCAAUUUACUCUGGCAUUCACCUGAAGCUAAAAAGUGCGAAGACACCAUGGGUGGACAAACUUAAACUGGCUCGAUUUGCCUGGAUUUCGCACCAGUGCUUUUUGCCGAACAAGGAACAGGUUUUACUCGAUUGGGUGAGUCACGCAUUAACUGGAUAUUACAGCAAGAAGCUUCAGUUCGGAGGUGAAAUUGUGGAAGGACUGUGGUCCUAUCUGAACGAUGUUCUUCACAGCAAAAAGAUGCAGAAACUGAUGGAGAAAGGGAAGAUCAUCACCAUUCGCUUCACAAUUGCGCAGAUCAUAAACGAGAGGAUCUCUGCAUGUUCCAGUGAGGUGCCCCACAAGGUUGAUGUGUCAAGCCUGCCCAUGGUAUUGAGCUGCUGUCAGGGAAUCCUCGCCUCUCCUCCUUUCUCCAUCAUCUACACUAGCAAGAGCGAGCUGCUGGUUGACCUACUCCACAAACUCUGUUCGCUGGCCUGCAGGAGGUUGAAAUCGUCGGAGGCCUUGCACUCCACACAGCUCUUUGAUGUUCUCUUGUUGGUGUUCAGUCAGUACCUCGUUACGCAAAGGCAGCAGAGUAACCAAUCCCGGAUAUUUCAACAGGUCUGCAGUUCCCUCCUUCAGCCUUUUCUCCUCCUGCGACAUCUGCUGUCCUCGAGGUGCUGGGUGGAUGAAGAUGAGGUGUCAGUGAGGCAGCACCUUAGCAGGGAGAUCAAUAGUAAAAUUCAGGUGGCACUUCAGACUGGCCUGUUCCAUGUUGACUUGCUGAACUCAUACAGAGAAGAGCUCUUGCAGAGUAAUGACUCUCAAGGAAAAAAGCCGAGCUUCUCCAAGGGUUUGGCGGAACCCACCGAAACAAUACUCCUGAAGCUGGCCGAUGCUGCCUUCUUCAGCUCCAAUCUGCACUCCGCCAUCGUGUCCAGCUCAGUCCCGAUGCUUUACAGGCUUGCCGUCGAGUCCUACUGCAAGGACGAGAAUCAGCUUCUCUGCUUCCACAUCUUUGUCAGGUUCCUCGACUGCCUGCGGUUCCCGAAGGAAAAGAGCGGCGGGGAUGGAGCGUCUGUGGAAUGGAGCCACUGGCUGCUGGCCCUGGAUCAGCUUCUGAACUUGGUCUUCAGCAGCAACAUCUACAACGUCUCGGUGGACAAGAUCCGGUGCGAGGGGAUACAGUUCGCCCGUUACAGCGGGGUGGCGGAGAUGCUGCUGACCUACCCCUGCCCGGGCACGGCUGCCUGGUUCAGGUGCCUGAGGACCCUGAUCCUGCUGAACCACUCCAUCGUGGAGCCGAGCCUGGAUGAGCUGGUCUCGCUGGCGUGGGUGGACGCUGAGGUCGGGGACCCCAGGGUUAGAAGAGCCCAGGAAGCACUGCUGAGCACCCUGCUAGAGACCUACACCAAGCUGAGGCAGCUGCCCAAGCUGUUCAAGGAGCUGCAGGGCAUCAUCUGCCGCCCUGCCGCCGAUGAGUUGAGGCAGCCCAUCCUCUCCAUUGGCCUCACCGGGAAGUUGCGGCAGUGCCUCCUGGAAGUCACCAGCAGUCAGAUCGUGGACAUUUGGGACCUGGUCUUGGAGAGCUUGGAGAUGCAGAUUGACGAUCUGGCGGGGAGCUCUGACGCGGCACUGAAAGUUCUCACCAUGAGCAUCUUGUUGCACGCUAUCCUCUUCAACAUGAAGACCCUCGACGACAAAGCGCCGGUGCCAGUAAUCCGGAAAACCCAGGUGCUGAUGGAGAAGAUGGCUCGAGCGGUGGUGGUGCCGCUCCUCCAAGUGGGUGCGGGCGUGGACAUGGGCACUUCCCCGUGGGCUGUGCGUGCCAGGAGCGCCGGGCUGAUCCUCAGCAAUGCCUGGGUGGAGGUGGACCACAUGCUGCGGCUCAACUGCGGCAAGUACGUCUCACCCGCCGGCCAGGCUGGCAGAGCGGGGACAGACUCCUGGAACCACAGCUGCCUCCUACCAUGGGUGGGACUGGCAGAGUGGAAAGCAAUGGCCCAGGCACCGCUGCCAGACGGCGAGUUGAGCCGGCACUUUCUCCAGCUGCUUUCCCUGCAGAAGAUGAAACGGAUUUUGAUGGAGCCCGGGGAUAAGACAGAGACGGACCUCCCGUCCCUGAGGGCCGCUGCUGCCUCUGUCGUCUCCUCUGGCAGAGCCGCCGUCGGUAGUAUCGGUGCCCGAGGGUGGGAUGGAGAGCUCAGCACGCUGAAUGGUGAGACCUACGGUGUGGCGCACUGGCACCUGCUCACCACCAACCUACCCCUCCUGGUCCCCUUUCUCCUGCGGGAAGAGGUUACGUACCUAGCUGAGGUGGUGAUCACCUCCCUGUUGCAGAAGGGCACUGGGGAGGUGGGGCAGGACGAAGGAAGUUUGCUCUCCAUUCCCGCCAUGUGCCAGAGCCUGUUUUCCAGCGAGCUUCUCCCUGAAAUCCAGCCUCUGCACCAUGCAAUUUUACUCGGUCUGACCCAGAGGGUGAGAGGUCUGACAGCUGCCCCCAGAGCUGAGUUGCCCACGGGGUUACAGCUGGCGAGAAGUAACCCGGAUGAGGAGCACGGAGGCUGCAGCAACUGGGGACUGCUGUUCUCUCCUCAAGACUCUUCACUCCUCGAUGCUCAGAGCAUGUUCUCAUCAGUAAAAGUCUCCCCCCUUCUCACUUUGCCAGAGGAGCGGUUGAAUCUACUCUCACAAAUUUUGGACCUGCUGUCUACUCUGCGGCUGGACUGCCUGUCCAACGCUGAUCAUCUCCAGUGCUUUCUUUUGCUGGUGUCCCUGAUCACCACCCUCAAACCCAGCUGUGAAAAGUCUAACAUCUCCAAGUACCUGCAAGUCCUGGAUAAAUGCUACUUCCUCCUCACUGUCCUGCUGACGGGUGCCAAUGAGAAGGCAGUCUUCAGGUUGGCGCAUGCCGGAAACAUUCUGGAGAAGGUCCUAGCUCCAUUGUUCCUGAUCAGCAGCGAGUUGUCCCCUUCUCUGGAAGGCCCAGCCUGGUCAGAACUUCUCCACACUCUCCAAUGCUUUCUCAGCAGCUUUAUCCAGAAGAUCGUGGAAAGGAAGCAAAGCAUGUGCCUGAACCUGGAGCAGAUCAUCACUUUCCUCUCAAACUCCUGGGAAAAAGCAAUGGCCAAAGAGGAACGCAAGAUCGUGGCUGAGCAGCUGCUCGUGGUUGCCUUGUUGACCUUGAGUUGUGUUGUCCGCACUGCCCUGCAGCAGACUGAAAAGAGCAGGCACAAGAGCAGAGCCCUGCCACCUCUCCUGACCCAGCUCACCAGGCUCUUGGGCUCUGUUCUCCAGUCACAUUUCGACAGAGGUGGAUUAGAUCAGUCUUUCAGUGUGCCUUGUGUCACUGCCCUUCUGGAGGCAGAGCUGUGCCCAAGAGAGGAGCAGAGCGAUGGGACCAGGGAGGAAAGGAUCCCAGACAAGGAGGGCCUGAAGCACAGUGACUUGUACCAAAGCAUCUGUUCCCAGGUUCUGCAUCACCUCGCCACCUCCGCUCAUGAUCUGGAACCACUUCAGAAACAACUUGAGUUUUUACAAGUGUUCUGUUCAUCCUCUGAACUGUGCUCCGACCGCAAUGUCAAGACGGGAAUCCCCUCCAUACUCGGCGCUGUAAAGACCAUGCUCGCAGCUCCCUGGAUGACAUCACCGUUCGUUCGGUCGCUGGAUUCUCAGCUCAUUGGGCUGCUCACCUGCAUGUCCGAAAGAUGCACGGACCACCAGUUUUACCUCCUCGUCAAGUCCAUCACACAAGGCAUUGAGGUGGUCAACCUAUGGAAAGGACGGCACCCUGAUGUCGUGUCCUCUCUCAUCCUCACCACUACCCUUUUGAAAUGUUCGUCACGGGAAAACGCAGAAAAGACUCUGUGGUUUGCAGUCCCUCAGAUUAUCACAGCUCUCCUGGCUUUAUGCAGGAAAACAGCCCUCGAUGAACAUUUGGGCUUCAAGAUUACUUUGCUGAGUUUGGAAGCUUUGGCAGUUCUGAUCCAGCAAGGGGAGGGUAUGCUCUCAAAUCCACACCACGUGACACUUGCAUUCGACGCACUCUUGUGCAUUCCACUCGACCAGCUAAAACUAGAUGAAUAUGCAGAAGUUUUUCAAGCUAUCCACGAGGUGCUGUUUUCUAUAAUCCAGUCUCAGCCUAAGGUUUUGUUCAACGCAGCGCCCACCUUCCUCAAGUGUUUUAACCGUCUGGUCCUUUCUGUUGUGCAUAAAGGUCGUCAAAAAGCUGCAGGAGAGAAAGGUAUGACAAUGGAAAGCAAAGUGAUCCUGGAAUGUGCGCGCCUGGUAGAAAGAAUGUACACUCACAUUGCUGCUAAACCAGAGGAGUUUGCAAUGUUUUCUGCUUUCAUGGUGGCAGAGUACAUCAAUGAACUUCAAAAGGUGACUCUCAAUGCAGACGUGAAAAAGCUGUUGGCAGCGGGGGUAUAUCACCUCCUGGAUCUGGUGACGGAAAAUGAUCUCCGUUUUCUGAAUGCUUCAUUGCACUUGGGAGUGAGGGAGGUAUUUAAGGAGUUGUACGGUGAUUACGUGCGUUAUCACAAAAGCAAGAGACAAGGUGAAGAGGAAUAUACGGCUUAACCUGGAUGGAGCAAAUAGCAACCCUCAUGUCCUGUGCCUCUGGAUAUUUUAAUUACCGGGCAAUUUUUAGAUUAAGGGAAUCGUACUGGCGAACUAAAAGACGAUGGGGGCAUCCAUUAUCCUUCAUCGAUCUGUGCACUUCGUAACAAGUAAGAUUGAGCAUUGCUGAUCUCAGCAUUCUCUCCUUGUGGAAGAGGCAAUUUUACCUGCCCCAAUUAAAGUCAUCUUAAUCAGGAAGCUUCUAGCAUCUAGAAAAACGACCCGUAGGUGAAGAAAAUGAUUCCUCUCUUUAAUGGUAACUAACCUUAAACAUUUUGUUUGACUUUUCCAAAGAUAUAGCUUUGGAUCACAAAUAUAUAUUAGUGAUGAAUAUUCCAGGUCUACUUUAGUUUAGCUGCAUUACAGGAUGUCAGUGUUAAGUCAUUUUUAGAUUAUUCGUCAUCUAGAAAUACCGAUGCAAAUCGCUUCAUGGCAGCUGAGAUGUUUACAUAUAUAAUCAAUAUAAAGUAUAGUAUCAGUAAUUGUAAUCAAGAAACUAGUAAAUAGGUAGAGGAGGCCUCUAGGUCCUUCAACCCUGCUCUCCCUUCGAAAAUAGUCUUGACUGAGUCAUAAAGUGUGGAAACAGACCCCUGGCCCAACUUGCCCAUGCCGAACAACAUGCCCCAUCUACUAGUCCCACCUGCCUACGUUUGGCCCAUAUCCUUCUGAACCUAUCCAUUCCAAAUGUUUUUUAAACAAUGUGAUAGUACCUGCCUCAACUACCUCCUCCGGCAGCUCGUUCCAAACACCCACCACAGUAAAAAAAAAGUUGCCCUCAGGUUCCUAUUAAAUCUUUUCCCCCUCACCUUAAACCAAUGUUCUCUGGUUUUUGAUUCCCCGACUCUGGGUUACAGACACUGCAUUUACCCUAUGUAUUUCUCUCAUUAUCUUAUAUACCUCAAGAUCACCCCUCAUCCUCCUGAGCAUGGAAUAACAUCCCAGCCUACUUUACAUCUCCCUCUAGCUCAGGCUAGAGCUCAGGCUCCUGGAUCAAUCUUCCAUAUCAAUAUAUAUUCAUAAUAUCUUCCCAUACCCUUUGAUUCCUUUUGUCUUGCAAUUUAUCUAUCGCCUCAAAUAUACUUCUUGCCUUGGCAAACGGAUCACAAAUACAUGAUCUUCACUGAAAGACAACAGUAUUUGCAAGACAGGCUGUUUGAAAAACUUUUUUAUUAAGUAAGAAUUUACUUCACUAAGUUCCUAUUGAGAGGAAUUUAGCCCUUGUCUGUUGUAGCCACUGGGCAAUUCACACCCACACCAAUGUCCUGUACAUGUCUCUUGGCUAAAGACCAAUGAACGGUGACCUUGCCCACGUCCCAUAAAGAAAGGAAGCCACUACUGGUUUUCCUUUCAAGAAUAAGAUAGGACCCAGAAUUAAGGCUCUGCAUGGAACUCUGAAAGACAAACAUAAAAUGCCAGGUAGACAAAAAUGCUGGAGAAACUCAGCGGGUAGGCAGCAUCUAUGGAGCGAAGGAAAUAGGCAACGUUUUGGGUCAAGACCCUUCUUCAGACUGGUCAAAAUGUCAUGUAUAUGCAGCAGGUAAGAUCAGCAUCCUUAAAUGUUCACCAUCAAUGCUGCCUGACUCGCUGAGUGCAACAUUUUUGGUUUCAGAUUUUUCCAGAUCUGCAGUGCUUUGAUUCUGUGUUGUUCCUUUCCACCAGGAGGAGGAGUUUUUUACAUCAAUAUUUAAAUCCUCAUUCCAAAGAAUGAGAAAGCUAGCUGGUUGGUUAAAAAUAAAUCAUGUGAAUAGAGUAAGGGUUACUUGUGGGGCAUUUGGAGUUAAUUCCUGUAAGUUUACCAUGCUUUUCAACAUUUGUAUAUAUAUUUUUGUAAAUAAAUCUAAAACAAUUUACCUGUA